AUGACGCGGGAUAAGAUUCAAAGAAACACGCGUGCCGAGUGGAACUACCUGUUGAAUGGAAUGGAUUGGCCGGACCUCUGCGCCACAGGUGAUCAGCAAUCACCCAUUGCGUUAGAUACUCAAGACUCGCGCAUCUUGAUUACACCUCGGAUUUAUUUUGGAGACUAUGAUGUUCCUUUGAAGGGGCCAAUUUUUAUUAAAAAUAAUGGACAUUCAAUUCAAAUGGACAUACCGGAAACGAUUAAUGGAAUGCAACCCUUUAUUAGAGGCGGUCGUAUGGAGGGUAGUUAUCUGGCCAAGGGUGUACACUUCCAUUGGGGAUCCCCCAAUUCCAAAGGAUCCGAGCAUACAAUUGACAAUCGUCGAUACGACGCCGAAAUGCAUAUUGUCCAUCGAAACGCCAAAUACAAAGAUAUCGUAGAGGCAGUCGAGAAAGAAGAUGGAUUGGCUGUUAUCGGUGUCUUGUUACAAAUUGUUGAGGAUCCCACGGAUAUACCCACGGGUCUAACUAAAGUUAUCAAUGCGGUCGUAAAUAUUCCAAUCGAUGAAUCGAACACGACUAUUCCGGCCGGAUUUACUUUGGAUGAGAUGAUUGGGGAUAUAAAUCACAAUGACUUUAUGACCUACGAUGGAUCUCUGACCACGCCCAAUUGCCACGAGGCUGUUAUAUGGACUGUUUUCACACAAAUUCUGCCCGUAUCUUAUGAAAUGGUAUCGAAACUUUGGGAGUUACGAGAUCAUUGGGAUAAGAAGAUGAUGAACAAUUAUCGGGCUAUCCAAGAAACAAAUUAUCGACCAGUGUAUCAUAGAAUGGGGAAUGCUUGAGUGGGUAUCCCUUGUUUCAUGUAACUUCAAAUAUAUUCGUUUAACACUAAUCCAAAGUUUUAGUAAGAAAUGUAAGAUUGGGCAAGAGUUG